CAACAGCUACGACCAGGAGCGGAUUUUUCGGAAUUCCUAGGUCCACCCGUGAUACGGGAUUCCUGGAAGAAUGAGCCCCCAGGUCGCAAGUCCGACUCCCCUCAUGUCAGCACAUCUACUCAGUCCCCUCGAAUACGACCGGCCGGGCAACCCGGUCCCCCGCCUGUCCGUCGGCGUGCUUCCUACUCAGUGACGUCUCAUUCCGCUAUCUCGCGAGUGCCGCAGGACUCGGUGUCAGAUGCGGAAUCCAUAUUCUCUGAUUCGACUACCUCCGAUUCUGAAUGUUACGGCGAAUUGGAUUACGGAAAGGAGGUAAAACGCUUGAUAGUUCGAGAUCAAGGUCCUGUGGAAGCUGUCCGUUCGCCGGUAUCGAACGAAGGUGGCAGACCUAAAGUCGAAGGCGGCAAGGGCAUACCAUCCAUCUGGCGUCGGUUCCAUGGCAAGAGUAGCGGCUUGCAGCUUGUUACUCCGGCCAGGAAAAUGAAAAGGAUGCAUCUGACAACGAUGACCGAUCAACAAGAGCCCGAACAGCCGUCGCGGAAAUCACCCGAGCGACGCCAAGAGUUCUGGACGAUGCCACCGUGGGAGAUGACAUUCGAGGGCGCUGAUGUUGACAUUGCACGCUUCGAACCCAUCAUCUCAGCGAACAUGCCUCCUCCCGACUUGGCAGAAGAGCUGAUCUCUCUGUAUUUCCAGCACUCGAACAGCCAGUUUCCCCUCCUUCAUCGACCAACGUUUGAGCGACUAUGGUCUUCCGGCUAUCAUCAGCAUGAUGCGUGGUUUGCGUGUCUUUGCUUUACACUGUUCGCGGUCGCCAUGUUCACGAUCAUGUUAACCGGCGGACUGCUCACCAUCCCGUGGGCAGAAAUAUGUAUGGUAAAGCGGAGUGUCCUCAAGCCAGCGACGCUAUUCGAGAUCCAGACUUUUAGUCUCCAAGCCAUGUUCCUCCGGGGAAACGACCACUACCCAUCAUCAUGGUUUCUCAUCGAGAUUGGUGUUCGGAAGGCCCAAGAUAAGGGGAUUCAUCGCAAAAAGGCUUACGCCAAGGUUCCGCCUGCCGAAGGUGAGCUGUGGAAGCGAGCGUGGUGGCUGCUAGUGGCCUUCGACAGAGUCACGAGCACAGCACUAGGGAGGCCCUGCUGCUCAAGAGAUGAGGAUUUUGACGUUGAUCUACCGUCGGAAGUUGACGACGAAUACUGGGAGCAUCCAGACCCCAACCUCGCAUUUAAGCAGCCUGCAGGGAAACCGUCCCUUGUCACUGCUUUCAACUCGUGGGUCCGAUUAACCCAACUCACUUCCUUCGCUGCCCGUACCUUGUACUCUAGUGAUAAGCAGCAAGGUGUCUUGCGCCGACUCGGUCCCAACUGGCGUUCACGCGCGAUUGAGAAGAUGAAUGCCGCUCUGGCACAGUGGUAUGAGACGAUACCUGCUCACCUACGGUGGUCACCGACAAUGGAAAAUCCGAUCUUCGCAAACCAGGCCGUCACGCUAUACACCACGUAUCAUCUGGCCAGAAUCAUGAUCUAUCGUCCUUUCAUCAAAGCUCCUGAUGCGCCCACCGGUACACAAGGUCGCGAGGAUCCACGAGGGUUGGAGAACCCCGCGCUUGCUGUCUGUACUGAGGCGGCUAGGGCGUGUGCCCGGAUCAUAGGCGUGCAACUCCAACGUGGUUUCUCCAACUUAUCGAACCUCAUCAGUGUUUCCCAUAUCUGUGCCGCCUUGCUCCUUAUGAAUGUCUGGGAUAUCAAGGCGAGGCAGGACCGAGCGGCCAGUGAGGCCCAUACGAAGGCUCCGGAUAUCAUGUCUAAUCCAGAGGUCCGGGGACUCCUUUCGGACGUGGCCAUCUUUCUCAGGGCUCUAGAGUUCGCGUCGACCAAAUGGACCAUGGCUUAUACGUUUCUGUGA